CCGCAGGAUGGUGAAGGCCAAGUUUUGGACCCUGAAGAAGCACUUCCAAGGAUUCCCCAAAGCUAGCGACUUUGAGCUGAAAGAGGUGGAGCUGCCAAAGCUGAAGGAUGGAGAGGUGUUGCUUGCAUCUGUGUUCCUCAGCCUUGAUCCUUACAUGAGGCCUUACAGUCAGACGUCCUUGAAGGAAGGGGACAAAAUGACGGGCAGUCAAGUUGCUAGGAUUGUGGAAAGCAAGAAUCCCACCUACCAUAUAGGGAAAUUUGCUGUGGCUAAUGCAGGCUGGACAACCCACUUCAUUUCUAAUGGGAAAGACCUGCAGCUGCUGCCUUCUCCCUCAGAGACACUCCCCAUAUCUUUGGCUCUUGGGACUAUUGGUAUGCCAGGCCUCACUGCAUACUUUGGCCUGUUCGAGAUCUGCAGGAUAAAGCCAGGAGACAUAUUGCUGGUUAAUUCAGCAGCAGGGGCUGUGGGCACAGUUGUGGGACAACUUGCUAAAAUUGGAGGUUGCACAGUAGUUGGCUGUGCUGGCUCAGAUAAAAAGGUUGCAUAUCUGAAACAAAUUGGCUUUGACGAAGCUUUUAAUUAUAAGACUGUAGGAUCCUUGGAAGAAGCCCUUCGGAAGGCCUCCCCCAGUGGCUAUGACUGCUACUUUGAUAAUGUAAGCUCAAAUGGGUGGGUGGAGUUUUCAGACAUUGCUCUCAAACAGAUGAAGAAAUAUGGGAGGAUUGCAGUGUGUGGAGCCAUCUCUCUAUACAAUGACAAAGAGCCCCAGAAAGGACCUUAUGUGCAAAUUCCAAUGCUCUUUCAAGAGCUUUGCAUGGAAGGAUUUAUUGUCUCACGCUGGGACAACAGGCGUGAGGAAGGUCUGAAGGCACUGUUAAAAUGGGUUGUAGAGGGAAAAAUUAAGCACCAUGAAGACAUCAUUGAAGGAUUUGAAAAUAUGCCAGCUGCUUUCAUGGGCAUGCUAAAGGGAGACAACUUUGGAAAAGCAAUACUGAAAGUGUGAAGGGAAUGUGAUCCGCUUCAUCAUGGAGUACAACAUAGAUACUUUUCUACUACUAUUUUAUAUGGGUAAGAUUUAUAACCUAAAGGGAGAUCGUACUAAUGACACAUUUCAGUUUUAUUACCAGAUAGUCAACCAUUAGUUGCCAGUAACGUAUAAAUUCAUUAAAUGGUUCUGAGCCUUAGGAGCUAGCAUUUUUGUAGUUGUAAUCCAACCAAUUGCCUACCAGUACUGAAUUGCUUAUCUGAUGUUUGCAGGACUGCACUGCUGAUACAGAAUUGCUAACCUAGAGGUACCCUUAGUUUCAGUGAGUUAGGGUUUGCACUGAGAAGAAGCCUACUGGCAACUAUCCCAAGGCAAACCUGAAACAGGCUUGCCGCAGAUCACAGCAAAGGCUUCUAAAAUUCUUCAUUUAAAAGGUUAAAUUAGUUUCAGGAACAGCAUAUGGGGAGAAUAGUACCAGAUCUUAACCAGGUUGUUAAGUCAGUUGUGUCUUUUAAACAUCAUUGUUAGAGCAAACUGCAUUGUACCCAUGAUAAAUAAACAAACUAGAUGUUUUAAAAAUA